AUGAUGGAAUCUUUUCAACACGACACACAACCUGGUUCACAUAACAACGGCACUGUUGACAACAACAUCAACAACAACAACAUCAACAACAACAUCAACACAAUCAACAACAGCAACAACAACACAAUCACCAACAGCAUCAACAACAGCAACUUAAAUGAAGUUGACGAUGGCAGUAGCUCUUUGAAAUUAGUUUCCAAAAUGACAACAACAACUACUACAACUACUACGAUUGGCUCUACUUUGUUGGACGGUGAUAAACAUACAGAAGAUGUACAACAACAACAUCAUCAUCAACAACAACUAAUCGGUAUGGACGUAGCCACAACAUCGCAACAACAACAAUUCCACAGCAACAUUUCCAACAACUCAAAUUUGCUAAUUGAUCUAGGCAGCAACAACAACAACACGGCCAAUGUUGUCAACAGCAACAGCACCUCAACAAUGUUGCAAAAUACUUCAACAGUUGAGCAACUAGCAUCCUCAAACAAAGACAACUUAUUGUUGGAUUUGGAAAAUGUGACACAUUCAGCAGAGCAGCAACAAAAUGAAGAAAAAUCCAAAAUCGAAACCGAAACUAAACAUGUUGAUGGAAAUUCUGGAGUUGCUACUAAUACUAAUAAUACUGAAAUUUCUACUACUAAUACCAUUUCCACUAAUAGUAAUAAUAUUGGUGCAACUAAUUCAGCAGCAGCAGCAGCAGCAGCAGCAACAACAGCUACUGCCACUACUACAAAAACUGUUAGAAAGAUCAACAACAACAACGUCAGCAACGAAGCAGCCAAGACAGCAGCGGCAACCACAACAACCACAAAGCCGGCAGGGUUAAAGUUGAAAAUUGACACUUCAAAACAGGAACAUAAAGUUGAAAAAACGCAACCCUUAUCCGCUCCAGCGUCUGAAAAUAAUAAAAAUAAUAAAGUUCCGAAUUUGAAUUUGAAAAUCAAAUCCCCCGCCAUUGAGAGCGUUGGUUAG